AUGGAUUCACCCGACCCAAAUUCUUCGGUGCUGGUCGAUCCAACUCCUUCAUCUUCUGAAUUUUAUGAAAAUGGUAGUACGAGUUCUCGACGGGCAAAUGUUGAAUGGGUCGAAAUUGUUGAACCACAAUCAAGACAAACAAUGUACGCGAAUUUGGUGACGGGUCAAUGUGCAUGGGAACCGCCAGAGGGAGCAAAUGUGAAAUUAACACAUGCAAAUCAAUGGUGGGAGUUAUUUGACUCAAAAACCGGAAGAUAUUAUUACUAUAAUGCUGCAUCGAGUAUAACUAAAUGGCAAAAACCAGUUGGAACAGAAAAUGAAAAUAUAGAUAUUAUUCCUUUAGCAAAAUUACAAACUUUAAAAGAAAAUACUGAAGGAAGAACAUCUCCGAGAAUACGAAGAACUUGUGAAACACAAACAAGUCCAUCUGUUCGUCGAAUUCAACAACAACAGCAAUUAAACAAUGUUUUUGCUCAAAAUAUUUCACCAGAAACAGGAAUUGUUUCAUUUCGAAGUAAUAGUCAGAAUUCUCAGAAUACAAUGAAUGGAAUGCAAAGUUCAUUCGAAUGGAUGUCUUUAGAAGAUGAAAAUGAUCGAGAAUAUAUUCCAUCAACUGGAACAUUUCCAACAGUUCCUAGUGCCACAUCAACAUUAUCACAUGCUCCAUCAUCUGAUUCUAUUCCUGCGCAAAGAUCUUCAAGAAGCACUUCUCCACCUCCAAGUGCCAAAAAAUCAUUAUUUUCUUCUGUUACUUCAACCAAAACAAAAAAUAAAAAUGGUACGCUCAUUUCUCUCAAUAUACUUUGGAAAAAUGAAACUUUUAAAUUUCAGGUUGGUCAAAAGAAUCACCAAAAGUAUCUCUAACUCAACCAGAAAAUAAAGGACUUCGAAAAGAAACAAGUUCACUCUUCAAAUUAAUUCAAAGUUAUAUGGGGGAUCGUAAAAGUAAAACGAAUCCUGAAUCAAUUGCCUUGUCAUUUUGUGAAACUGCAACUAAAAAACAAGAAAUUGCUGAUGAAGCAAUUGCACUUCUAAUUCAACAAUUAUCGGAUAAUGAAAGACCAGACAGUUUAAGACGAGGAUGGGAACUUUUAACAAUUCUUUUGGCAUUUAUUUUGCCUUCUGAAACAAUCAGCGAAAAAUUGAAUGAGUUUUUGAACAAACAUUUAGACCCAAUAUUCGAUCUUCCGGAAGUUUCCAUGUCUUAUUUCUCUCAACAAUGUUUGAAAAGACAAAGUAAAGUGAUUGCUCGACUAAAACCAACAAUUUCAAAUAUCCAAGAGACUAAAAUCCAUAUUUUCCGUCCUCCAUUAUUUUCUGCAUCUCUUGAAGAAUUAAUGCAAAUGCAACAAGAAAAGUUUCCAAUGCUCAAAUUACCUUGGUUGCUCACAACUCUAAUUGAAUUAUUAUAUCAAUCAGGAGGUCGAAGAACUGAAGGAAUAUUUCGGUUUGUUUUUACUUGUUUCUUUGUUUUGCAUCAAAUCAGUAUAUUUAUUUUCAGAGUUGCUGGUGAUCCAGAACAAUUAGCAACUGCUCGAGGACAAUUAGAUGCGUGGCACGCUCCAAAAAUGCACGAUGCCAAUGUGCCAGCUUGUCUACUAAAAUUAUGGCUUAGACAACUUCCUGUCCCAUUAAUUUGUCAUAAUUUUUAUUCAAGAGCUUUGGCAGCCGCUGAAAAUCCACAAGAAGCAGUUCGAAUUGUUGAUUUGCUUCCGGAUAUUAAUCGAUUGGUUCUUGUUAAAGUUAUCGCUUUGUUACAGGUUUGUUCUAUUUUUGUAUAUGAUUUGAUUGAAAAGGGAAUAUACUUGAAAUUAUAUUUUAGGAUUUGAGUCGAGAAGAAGUUGUUGCUCGCACAAAAAUGGAUACAUCAAAUCUUGCUAUGGUUAUUGCCCCAAAUAUUCUGAGGUUCGAAAUAUUUCUUUCUUUUUUUUUGAAAUUAUUAUUAUAUUUUUUCAGAUGUGAAAGUGAAGAUCCACGUGUAAUAUUUGAAAAUACUCGAAGAGAAAUGAGCUUUUUGAAAACACUAAUCAUUAAUUAUGAUACGAAAUUCAUCGAAAAUGUCCUAUGA